AUGACGCAUCGAAGCAGCAUUUCGCUUGAAAAAAAGUUAUUAAUGAUUAACAAAGUUAAUGAAGGAAAGAAAAAAAAAAGAUAUUGCCAAUGAAUUCGGAGUUCUUCCCAGCACUUUAUCAAAUAUUUUAAAAAAUAAGGAAGUGAUUUUAAAAAAUGCGGAGGAUUUGGCAGUAAAUACCAAACGCAAAAGACUUCGACCUUGUCAUUUUGAGGAUAUUGAAGAAACAAUGCUGAAAUGGUUACUCGUUGCACGUGGUAAGAAUCUCCCUUUAUCUGGACCAUUAUUGAAGCAAAAGGCCAAAGAUUUUGCGGAAGCACUAGGACACCACGAAUUUGAGGCAAGUACAGGUUGGUUAGACAAGUUCAAAAGUCGGCAUGGCGUUAUUCAUGAAAAUUACAACAUUAACUACAUUUUUAAUGCCGACGAGACCGCUUUGUUUUUCAAAUGCUUGCCAACUAAAACACUGGCAUUCAAAAAUGAAAAAUGCUUUGGUGGGAAGCAAAGCAAGGAGAGAAUAACUGUCCUGGUGGGAAGCAAUAUGACUGGAUCAGAAAAGCUAAAAUUGCUGGUAAUCGGAAAGGCCAAAAAUCCGAGGUGCUUCAAGGGAAUAAAAUCUUUAGGUGUCGAUUAUGAGUUUAACAAAAAAGCAUGGAUGACCAGUGAGAUUUUUACGAAAUGGAUUGUAAAACUCGACAAAAAAUUUUGUGAUCAAAACAGAAAGGUGUUGUUUUUUGUUGAUAACUGCACUGCCCACCCUAAAGAUGUAAGAGACAAGUUGAGAAACAUUCAUCUCGCUUAUUUUCCUCCCAACAUGACUUCGUUACUGCAACCAAUGGACCAAGGCAUUAUCUACAACAUGAAACAACAUUACAGAAAACGAAUUUUAACGAAUAUAUUGACUCAAGUGGAUGAGGGAAAUUCUGUUAUGGCCAUAGACUUGCUGCAAGCAGUUCGAAAUCUUAGCAAUGUAUGGAAUGUCUAUGUUAAACCAGAAAUAAUUGCCAACUGUUUUAAAAAGGCUGGAUUUUCAAAAGAUUCUAUGCAGAUUCCAUUUGAGCAUUGGGAUGAAGAGGACCUUCUUUCAAUAUCGGAUUUGGCUGCUUUACAGUCUUCAUUUAAAAAAGUAGCAAAUAUCGAAGCAUCGUUUGAUGACUACGUAAAUGUUGAUAAUGGUGGUGAAGCUGGUGCUAGAAAGAAUCGUUUGAUGUUUACAAUAACAGUCGCUUUAAUUCUAAAUCUGGAUCUCAUCCAAGCACAUUGA